GAAGUUGCUAUAUCAGAACUCCUUCUGAGGUGUAAGGAGGACACAUCUAAUAACUCAAUUGCUGUAAGCCUACUUCUGUUUUCCUGAUAUUCGACAUCUCUUCAGCCUCAGAUUGAUUGCAAUGUUCCUUUUACUUCAUGUCAUUGUUCUGAUAGAUGUCCAAGGUUUUGCACUGACCGGAGGCAGCAUGACUACUCCUUUGUGCGCCAGAGGGUAUUUUCCCUGUGGGAACCUCACCAAGUGCUUGCCCCGGGCUUUUCACUGUGAUGGUGUGGAUGACUGUGGGAAUGGAGCUGACGAGGAAAACUGUGGUGACACUAGUGGAUGGGCGACCAUAUUUGGCACAGUCCAUGGAAAUGUUACUAAUGUGACAUUAACACAGGAGUGCUUUCUAAACCAGUAUCCACAACGCUGUUCCUGCAAAGAAACUGAAUUGGAAUGUAUAAAUACAGACUUACAAUCCGUGCCCACAAUUUCCAGCAACGUGACAUUACUGUCUCUUAAGAAAAACAAAAUCCACAGUCUUCCAGAUAAAAUUUUCAUCAAAUACACAGAACUCAAAAAGAUAUAUCUUCAGCAUAAUUGCAUUAGACACAUAUCCAGGAAAGCAUUCUUUGGAUUAUAUAACCUACAAAUAUUAUAUCUCAGCCACAACUGUAUUACAACUCUCAGGCCUGGAAUAUUCAAAGACUUACAUCAGUUAUCCUGGCUAAUUCUGGAUGACAAUCCAAUAACCAGAGUUUCACAGCGAUUGUUUACUGGAUUAAAUUCCUUAUUUUUCCUAUCUAUGGUUAAUAACUACUUAGAGACCCUUCCUGAACAGAUGUGUGCUCAAAUGCCUGAACUCAACUGGAUGGAUCUGGAAGGCAAUGGCAUCAAGUAUCUUAGGAACUCCACCUUUCUGUCAUGCGACUCGCUCACUGUGCUGUUUCUGCCUAGAAAUCAAAUUGAUUUUGUUCCAGAGAAGACAUUUGCCUCAUUAAAAAAUUUAGGAGAACUGGAUCUGUCUAGUAAUAUGAUAAUGGAGCUACCAGCCGAGCUUUUUGAAGAUCUGAAGCUUCUACAGAAACUGAACCUGUCAUCCAAUCCUCUUUUGUAUCUUCACAAGAACCAGUUUAGAAGUCUUAAACAACUUCAGUCUCUAGACCUGGAAAGGAUAGAAAUUCCAAAUAUAAACACAGGAAUGUUUCAAUCCCUGAAGAAUCUUUCUCACAUUUAUUUCAAAAACUUUCGAUACUGCUCCUAUGCUCCCCAUGUCCGAAUAUGUAUGCCCUUGACUGACGGCAUUUCUUCAUUUGAGGACCUCUUGGCUAACAAUAUCCUCAGAAUAUUUGUCUGGGUUAUAGCUUUCAUUACCUGCUUUGGAAAUCUUUUUGUCAUUGGCAUGAGAUCUUUCAUUAAAGCUGAAAAUACAACUCACGCUAUGUCCAUCAAAAUCCUUUGUUGUGCCGACUGCCUGAUGGGCGUUUACUUGUUCUCCAUUGGCUUUUUCGACCUCAAAUACCGAGGGCAGUAUCAGAAGUACGCGCUGCUGUGGAUGGACAGCGUGCAGUGCCGUCUCGUGGGCUUCCUGGCCAUGCUGUCCACGGAAGUCUCCGUCCUGCUGCUGACCUUCUUGACUCUGGAGAAGUUUCUGGUCAUCGUCUUCCCGUUUAGCAACAUCCGUCCAGGAAAGAGGCAGACUGCGACCAUCCUCAUCUGUAUCUGGAUAGUGGGAUUUCUGAUCGCUGUCAUUCCCUUUUGGAAUGAGGACUAUUUUGGAAACUUUUAUGGGAAAAAUGGAGUAUGCUUUCCACUUCAUUGUGACCAGGCAGAGAGGAACGGAAGCAAAGAGUAUUCCCUUGGAAUUUUCCUCGGUGUGAACUUGCUGGCUUUCCUCAUCAUUGUAUUUUCCUAUAUUACUAUGUUCUGUUCCAUUCAAAAAACCACCUUGCAGACUGCAGAAGUGAGGAACCACAAUGGAAAAGAGGUGGCUGUUGCAAAUCGGUUCUUUUUUAUAGUGUUCUCUGAUGCCAUCUGCUGGAUUCCUGUGUUUGUAAUUAAAAUCCUUUCCCUCCUCCAAGUGGAAAUACCAGGCACAGUUACUUCCUGGAUAGUGAUUUUUUUCCUUCCCAUAAACAGUGCCUUGAACCCAAUCCUCUACACUCUUACCACCAGUGUUUUUAAAGACAAGUUGAAACAGCUGCUGCACAAACAUCGGAGGAAAUCAAUUUUCAAAAUUAAAAAGAAAAGUUUAUCUACAUCCAUUGUGUGGACAGAUGACUCCUCUUCCCUGAAACUUGGGAUUUUGAACAAAAUAACCCUUGGGGACAGUAUAAUAAAACCAGUUUCCUAAUAUUAGUUUUGGAUCACUGGAUUUUCAAGGGACUACCUAACACAAGGUAUAGCUUUUGGAAUAUGGCGUCUGCAUUGCUUUUCAUCCUGACCAGUGGUAACCCCAUGCCACACAAGGGGCCCAGCUGACUGACUUCUGGCCCUGCAUUCCAGUGGCGGCUCUACUACCGAUCAACUGUGCUGAGAAAUGCACCAAAGGGCUCUUCUCCUCAUCCUCACCUGCUUCAGAUGGACAAGUGAAUCCACAGAGAGUAGGCUGAUAUGCAAUUAACCUCUAGCUAGUCAAACACUACCAACCUACCCAAGGAUGCUCACAUGUAGUCUUCUUUUCCACUGUCCACAAAACAAAAGGAUUCACAACAGAUUAUUUCAGUGUGGCCAUAAUACCAUAAAUCUAACAUCGCCUUCUUUGCUUUUUUAGUAUCAAAUAAAAUCAGCAUCCUGCAGAUGCUUUGAUAGCAAAGGAUUUCUGAGAUGUUCAUCCACCUCAAGUCCUACUUUGGAGGCUGGUGGGGUAGCAACGUUGAAAGCAGAACUUCAUGCCAAGUUACCUUGUUUAACAUGCCCAAAGAGGCACACUGUUCAAGCCUACUACCUUUUGACUUUUAUUUAAGCUCAGAAGAGCUGAGGUCUUAAACAAGAUAUUUUUCUUAAAGUUGCCCAGGCACAAAGGAAAAUUGGGCACCCCAAUUGCCAAAAACUAUGAUUUAAUAUUUUUAAGGAUAAUUUCUUUAUAGCAGUAUUUUUGUUGCCAGUAAGUUCAGCUUU